AAAAAUAAAAUACACAUCGUAAUGGUGGUAAUCGGAGUGAAUAUUGACUGCAUCUAUUUUUAUUUGUAUUUAGUAAUUAAUUAGCGUUAAUUAUAUUAUUUUAUAUUGUGGCCGCGGCCAUAUCAUGCUUUUCUAUGUCGGGUGCAUCUAAAACUUCUGUUUUGGUCGAGGAGGGUGGUAAUCAAUGUAAAAAACGUUUACAUUCAAGUGCUAGCAACGACCAGUGCAAUAAAAAAGUUAAAUUAGACGAUAUGAGUGCAAACGAAAAGAAAUCAAACUUCUCAAUGCUGAAUCCUAGCUCUAACGGUACUGUAAAGACGACGUCGUCGUCGAUGAACAAACCCGGGGCUGCCACAAAAAAGCUAGUUAUAAAAAACUUUAAAAGUAAACCGAACCUUCCUGAAAACUAUCAAGAAACGACAUGGAGCAAACUCCGGGAGGCCGUUAUAGCUAUUCAAACCUCAAAGGCGAUUGCCUAUUCCUUAGAAGAAUUAUAUCAAGCAGUUGAAAAUAUGUGUAGCCAUAAGAUGGCUUCACAAUUAUACGUCAAUCUGACAAACCUAGUGGAGGCACACGUCAAGUCCAAUAUUGAGCAAUUCCUUUCUGAGAGUAUGGACCGACAAGUGUUCCUAAAACGAAUGGAUGACUGCUGGAGAGCACACUGCCGUCAGAUGAUCAUGAUACGUAGCAUUUUUCUCUACCUAGACCGCACAUAUGUCUUACAGAACCCUAGCAUACAUUCAAUAUGGGACAUGGGUCUCGACUUAUUCCGUCACCACAUAGCAAUGAACACACUUAUACAAACUCGUACAGUCGACGGCUUACUACUUUUGAUUGAACGAGAACGUUGUGGAGAUGCCGUGGAUAUAUCACUACUAAAGAGUUUGUUGAGAAUGUUGUCCGAUCUGCAGAUAUACCAAGAUGCAUUCGAACACAAAUUUCUACAAGCAACGGAAAGGCUAUAUGCUGCCGAGGGUCAGCGGCUAAUGAGAGAACUGGCCGUACCUCAAUACUUAGCUCACGUUGAGAAAAGACUUAGGGAAGAGAAUGAACGCUUACUACAUUACCUAGAUCCCUGCACUAAAUGGCAACUAAUCCACACAAUCGAGCGACAACUACUAAGUGAACACUUGACUGGUAUCCUGAGUAAAGGUCUGGAGUCUCUGAUGGAUGGACCUCGGCUGCAUGACCUCACCACACUGUACAACCUGUUUAGUCGAGUCAAGGAGCUAGGGCUGAAUGAGCUCUGCAACCAUUUCAAUGCAUAUAUCAAGAAAAAAGGUCGUACAAUAGUAAUCGAGCCAGAAAGGGACAAGACAAUGGUAGGCGAACUAUUGGAGUUCAAGGAACAGUUAGACAAUGUAGUCAACACCUGCUUUCAACGUAAUGACAGGUUCCUAUACUCCAUGAGAGAAGCCUUCGAGUACUUCAUAAAUCAACGGCAGAACAAACCCGCGGAAUUGAUUGCUAAAUUUGUGGAUCUUAAACUGAGAGCCGGUAACAAGGAAGCCACAGAGGAAGAAUUAGAAAGGCUAUUAGACAAGAUCAUGGUUCUAUUCCGUUUCAUACACGGCAAAGAUGUAUUCGAAGCAUUCUAUAAAAAAGAUUUAGCCAAAAGAUUGCUGGUUGGCAAAUCUGCCUCUGUAGAUGCUGAGAAAUCAAUGCUCAGUAAAUUGAAACAGGAAUGUGGAGGCGGUUUUACUUGUAAACUAGAGGGCAUGUUCAAGGAUAUGGAAUUGUCUAAAGAUAUCAAUAUUACAUACAAACAGCACCUGGCCGCCACGGGCGAGGGCGGCGGCCUGGACCUGUCCGUGUACAUCCUGACGAUGGGCUUCUGGCCGACCUACCCGCCCGCCGAGGUGCGGCUGCCGGCCGAGCUGACGCGCCACCAGGAGCACUUCGCCAAGUUCUACCUGGCCAAGCACUCGGGCCGCAAGCUGCAGUGGCAGGCCACGCUCGGCCACUGCGUGCUGCGGGCGCACUUCGCCCAGGGUAACAAAGAACUACAGGUAUCACUGUUUCAAGCCCUCGUCCUACUACUGUUCAAUGAUGGGGACAAUCUCUCCUUUGAAGAAAUAAAGACUGCUACAAAUAUAGAGGAGGGCGAGCUGCGGCGCACGCUGCAGUCGCUGGCGUGCGGCAAGGCGCGCGUGCUGCUGAAGGCGCCGCGCGGCCGCGACGUGCGCGACGACGACCACUUCGCCUUCCACGCCGACUUCACCAACAAGCUGUUCCGCAUCAAGAUCAACCAGAUACAGAUGAAGGAGACCAGUGAAGAGCAAAAGGCGACAGAAGAGCGUGUAUUCCAAGACCGUCAAUAUCAAAUCGACGCGGCUAUCGUUCGAGUUAUGAAGAUGCGCAAAGCACUCUCACACAACCUGCUCAUCUCUGAGCUUUAUAACCAACUCAAGUUCCCCGUCAAGCCGGCCGACUUAAAGAAGCGGAUAGAAUCACUAAUCGACAGAGACUACAUGGAGCGCGAUAAAGACAACCCCAACCAGUACAACUACGUCGCGUAGUUAUUCCCCAAACGACCAAGACCCCUCCCCUACGAACAUACAUCAACACCAUCCAUACCAAGUCGUCGCUUUUAUUGGACAAUUACAUGGGUUCAUGUCCGAAUUUUCGUUUUUCUUCCCAACUUAUACUUUACCUCGGGCUUAGUGAUUUAAAUAGAAGUAACUCCGCUUGGAAUGUUUGAAUUACAUUUAAGAGUUUCAACUUGUGUACAUACGAAGUGAUAAUAGUAGAAAACGUAUAAUAAAGUAAUAAAUAUAACGUUAAUUAUAUUUAUCUUAAUAUCUGAAUGCGUGAGAAGUUUACUUAUUACACCAUAUCAUACACUCCUGUACUAAACUUUCAUUUUUACAAUGAAACAACUUUUUCGGAUUUUAUCGCAGUUUAUAAAAAUUUUUAGAGCCUGGCGUUUCGGACACUACAGCAAACAUGGUGACGGGAUUACUGCUGGAAGACCACAAAAAGUUGUUUCAUUGUAAUGAGUGAAAUUCGCGUAAACAUUAGAAAACAAUAAACUUACAUUUUUAUCAGAUUUCUGCUUUUUUUUUAGUAAUAAAACACGCAAACUGACAGUGAUUCUAUGAAGUAUGUAUAUGAAAUAAAAUUUAUAGUAUAGUUAAAUAAAGAAAAAUUAAGGGCAGAAAACUUUUCUGAGUGUAAGCACUACAAUGGUCUAACUGAAACGACUAAAACUACCCACACUAGCGGCAUGUGUGAUAUUAGACGAUGACCCUCCUGACUGCCUGAACACUGAAUAACUAUUAUGCAGCGUGUAGGUUGUGUUGUAAUAUCAUUAUUGUCACUUCACACGCCACUUAAGUUUGUACAUUUUGUAUGUAAUAUAAUUUCGCUUUGUGACCUCCAGUUGAUACACAAGAAAACUAUGAACUGUAUUGGGUGUGUUACUAUCAGGAGGGAUCACCAAUAAAAACUAUUUAUAAUUUUC